AGCAGCACUCGGCCUCCGACAUCGCCCUGCCCUGCCCAGAUCUGCCCGGAGGAAGGAAGCCAUGUACAGUGGUAUCUGCAUCUGUGUGUUCCUUGCUGCGCUCGCAACCAUCUCCUUUGGCCAGCAGUCUACAGGAUUUCACAAUGCAAAUCCUGUGGCCCCUGAGCUGGAGCAGAGCUUGACAGAACAUCAUCGACAUGUUCGUACUCCUUCAUCUGCCAGCCAGCUGAGAUCUGUCCAACGGGUGGAUGGAAAUGUUGACCAAAAAGCCAACAUUGGAGCUUUGUUGACCAAAUAUCUCCAGCAAGCCAGAAAAGGCCCGACUGGAAGGAUCUCCAUUAUGGGAAACAGGGUACAGAGCAUUGACCCAACACACAGGAUAAACGACAGAGACUACAUGGGUUGGAUGGAUUUUGGACGCCGCAGUGCUGAAGAGUAUGAGUACUCCUCCUAAAUAAAUCAAAAUAUCACCAAAAAAAAAAAUCAUCUCAUCACCAUUUCUGUACAGAAGAAAAAAAUUAAUUUGUUGUCCUCUACAAAUUAGUGUUUUAAAAUAUAUUAUGUACUUGAUGUAAAUUUGUCUGUAAAACUAUUCAAUGCAAUAUAUACAUAUGCAGAACUUUCAAGAACUAUUUUCUUUCUUCUAUGGGUUAUUGUUCACUGAUCUUAUAUUAAAAUGAUUUCACUUAUCUUCUCUUGUUCUGUCACCACAAAUGCUGCAGGUCUUACAAUAAACUAAAGCAUGGAAAUGCAUUCACUCUGCAAUGUACAUAUAUUACAUCUGUUAAACAGUUAGACUAAUGAAGAAUCACUUUUUAAAAUAAAUUUUGUAGUAGUCUCAUUGGCCGUGACAAGAGAACUUGCCCAAGUAUCAGCAUGGUAGCCCAAUGGUGCGGCACAACAUCACGUAUCUUCAUGAUUACUUCAGUUUCAAAACAAAUUCACAUGUUUGUAGUGAGUAGUAAACAGUACUAAAUCUUUAAAAAAAUUACAUUUAACCUUUUUGGCUCAAUUAUUUUCUACUGUGAACAAACUGUUCUGCUAACAGCUAUGAAUCAUGGAAUAAACAGAACAUUCCUUGC